AUGGAAAAGUUUGGGUCAGACUUGGAGAGCAUAAACAAGUUUGCAGACUCCAUUCAGCACCUCAGCCCCGAGGGCAUGGUUGAAGCCUUUAACAAGUUUUCGUGGGACGACCAGGCCGUGGCAAAGCACCUCCCAGUCUACUGCAAAGCUAGUCCAGAGGAGCUUAAAAAGGUGGACGAUGCCUUUGUCAAACUCGUUCCGUCCCAAGACAAGGUCUAUGGUCCAAAUUUCAAUACCAUGGCACUGUGGCUCAAGACCAGAAUUCAUAUGCAAAUGGGCAACCAUAAUGCGUAG